AUGCAUCUACCUCUGUAUUUGUCGAUUUUGCUUACUGCUUCUGCAGUCCAUGUGCCUCUACAGCCACGCGUGAAUGCGUGCGACGCAGCGAUCCAGGACAAUGAGGGAGAUGAACUGACCGCACCUACUUCCGAUAGGACCGCAGGCAUUGGCGCCGAAUUCGAGUCUCCUUUUUUCUAUCUUAUGAACGCUGCUUGUAACACGAUUGGCCGUUCGGGGAAACUCCACGCAGAGUACAUUUUGAAUGGCCAGAACAUCAAAGUCGGGACUGGAGAUGCUACUAGGGCAGGUGCAGCAGCAGCUGCGGACCUUAUUGCUUGGCAGCCCUGGAACGGGGCCGACACAGACAAUAUAGACGUUGCGAAUAGCAAAUGCAACCCGUGGAGUAUCGGUAGCCCAUCUAAAGGUACAAAACCAGAAGACGUGGAGUGGGAUGCACAGAUCACCGCACCAAUGCCCCUCGAAGCGCUGUAUAGUCUUAUGAAAGAAGACCUAGCAGAUAUACUCCCCCCAGAGCGGAACAUUCUUGCCGGUUCCGAAACCGCCAGAGCAGGGAACCCUGAUGCCGGUAAUCUUUUUGUCGUAACAGACCAAUAUUUUCAGUCCAACACAAAUGGUAUCAACCAGUCCAAAGUCAGCGACGACGUCCUCGGCUUUUGUUCCUUGGUAUUAUCCUAUGCCAAAGGCGCACAUUACCCCCUGGGACGGGAUCAAAGCCCUAAGCUGAUGUUACCCUUUAUGCCUCGAACCGAGUUUAACACCAUAUUUCAACAAGUCAAAUCGAAGAUUCCGGGCGACCUCUUCACCCUUUUCAAUUCUCUUGCAUGUUACAAGACAGAAGAUGGCAAUGUUAAGAUUGACGGUAUCUACUGCUCUGGGUCUUUAGCAAAGCCAGUCUCUAACAAUAAUUUCGGUAGAUUGACAUUCAAAAAUUCCGCUGCUAGCGUGAACAUUAAAACCUGGAUUCAAGGCAUCGGCUCCGGAACUGGCGCUAAAGACGCACUUUCAGUAUUUGAUGAAAGCAUCGAUGGUUCUAUUGGAGGCCUUAAAACAGCAACGGAGAAAAUGUACAACUCACAGCGCUCUGUGCCCUUGUUCGAAUUUAGAGAUCUAAUUGACACCCAUUCGACGACAGAAUUCGAAAUUUUUAUGGGCCGCGUCGACACAGCUGUCCAAGCUCUCCACAGAACCUUCGCCAAUCCUCCUCAGAGGAAGAAGCGCGACGUCCCUGCUAGUUGUUAUAUGACCAGCGCAGCUACUGGUACCGGUUCCGCAACAAGUUCGGUCCCUGUUAGCAUCACCCCCGCGCCCACGCCUUCAGGCGAACUUCACAAUGAAGAUCCUGACCAGGGGAUUAACCAAGCGUUCUGCCUGUGCGACAAGUGUGGACUAGUCGCCGGCUGUACCCCAACCGCAGCUCCAUCCCCUACGAUCGCCGCAUGGGUAGGCAAUCUGUCUACCAUCGACAUUGGAAAUGCCGAAGACGGAAACGGCGGCAAGGAUCUCGCUACUGAGAUGUUCGGCAAGCUCAAAGCCAUGUGCAGUGGUUCGACCUGCAAAGGGGAUCAUGCUGAGAUGGACAACGUGGAAGCGGCUAUUGCUGAUGGCGAGGAGCCUCUUAAGCCUGCAAUGUAUCUCCAAGAUGCCACAUUCACCAGCCAAGCCGUCUUGGAAAAGAUGCUGUCUGUCGGCAUCUCUUCUUGGGUCUCAGCUCUCAAUGAUCCGACCUUGAAGCUUUGCAAAAAUGUCACAUAUGAGGCCGAUGCAGAUGAGACGGGAUUGGGCUGUGGUAAAGGGCCUAUUCCAACGAGCCGCCUCCGAAGAAAGGUCCGCCGUGAUGAUGGCGCAGUCCUUUGGGAGCGAGGAGGGCUCGUAGCGGAGCAGAGCAGGCUUGCACAGCGCUGUCUCGAUAACUGCGAUCGUCCUGUGGUCUGCCACUACGAGGCACGGAUGUGUAGUGCGCCCAACGAAAUCACCGUCGUCAUGGCUGGUGCCGGGGAUCCAUACGCAAACCGCCUGAACAUUGGGGUCACGCUCGAUGCAAGUGGGCACGGUUUCUUAUGCGAAGAAAUCACUGCCGCAUUAACGGCUGCCGUGGUGCUUCUUGCGCCUGAGUUGCUCGGGGUCGACGCGCUGGAAGGGGUUGAGCUCGAAGCCGUCUGCGGUAUCAUUCAUGAUCCUUCAUCUAUCAUCGAUAACCUGAAGGAGCCACUAAAGGUGUCUCGUCGAGCACCAAAGGCCGUACCAGCUUAG